CAUAGUUACGUAUUACGAAGCAAGAGGAUCGACGGCCGCGUCGCGUGCAAUUCCACGGAAUCCGAGUGUUCUGCGCAUGCGACGAAAGCGAAAUCUGUGACUCUGCUCAAAAACAAAGAAAGAUGAAACUCCUAUAAGUUUAAUCGAUCAAAGCCCGUUGAUAAACCAUCUGUCGAAUGAUCUUUAAAACACUGAUCCCUAAGAAGACACUGAUUCGUCAAUAUGGUACCUGGGCGAGGAUUUUCUCCACGAAAUCUAAACCACCGGCAUCAGAGGUCUUAACGAGGUAUCUGCUGCAAACGAACGAGCCACCGUGGACGUCGUACUUCGUGAAGUAUGCCGACGUCGUCGACGAUCAAAGGGGGAUGUCCCACUUCAAUUGGCCGGUUGGCAGCAGCAAUUACCACGUACUUAGAAUCGGCUGUUUUCCAUACAUUAAAUAUCACUGCACCAAGAGGCCGCGACAGGACCUCGGGAGCGAGGACAAAUUUUUCAAGGCGAUCAAGCUCCUGAACCUUGGUAUACCCACACUGAUGUACGGACUGGCUGCCACUUGGCUGAUCAGACACCAAGAGACAGUGAAAACUGCCCAAGGGAACGUGAUGAUCUACUUCUUGCUGCCCGAGGACAAGAGUUCCAUGUACUGA